UCAUAGUACCUAUCAUUACUUACUACAAGUGAUUGCUUUCCCUCAGUCUCUCUUCUUCUACCCCUCCUCUCAGAGUUAUCCUUUGUCUCCUCUCGUUCUCUCUUACCUAGCCUUACCACUGCUACUUCUUCCUGCUGUGUACUCCAAUACAUGGACCUCGAACCCUCAUGAUAUCGUGUCCAUAGCUUUCUCCGCAGCGAUUCCACUCUUUCUUCCUUAGAAUUGACUACUCCAACCACCCAUCUAUCUCUGCGUUCCUUUUCCCACCGUGGCUUACUUACCCUUUGAUAUUUUUGGAGGAAAUUAGGCGUUAUUUUCAUCUGACUGGUCUUGCAAGUCUCAAUUGAUACUAACCCUUGCCAUGGAGGGCUUUGAUACCAUGGCUAUGCCCUACUUAGCCAGCCCGCUAUCGCUCAGCAAUAUUCAGGGCGCCGACUACCUCAACUCUAUGCCUGGUAUAGAUCUGCCUGACCAACGCUCCAAUUUUGACUCGGAGACAUUCGUCAGUGGAGAUGAUAUAACCUUCCCCCAAGGUGGUCUACCUGCACCAUUAAAACGAUUUCCUUCGGGAUAUGAAGAUCCUUUUUCUGAUAUGGUGGCACCGUUUGACCCUGCGCCUGCAGAACAGCAACACUCUGACUCGUCGAUCGACCAUAACAAUAAGCUCCUGAGCUUUUCGAUACCGGUAUAUAAUUUUACACUUCUUGACUAUUCACUACGGCGAACCUCACUAUCUGUCUCCGCCCAGUUACAUGGCAUGUUUUUUCUUGCGGAGUCGCCUUGGACCACAUCCCCCGCAGAGAAUGCUCCGCCCCAACAAGGUGCGGAGCUAACGUGUUACCGUCGCAACUUGUUUCAGAUCACGGGCUCGGUCACCCUCCCGCGGAGCUUGCGCUAUAUCAUGACAGAACAAGGCGAUCGUAUACCGAUUCUUGCACAGGAACUUACUGUUUCGGCCACUGAGUCCGUAGAAGGUAAUUCAGUCAAGAUCAUAUCGGUGCCCUGGAAAACUCCCGCUGCGAAUGCGAAUCCUUCUACCGAGGAAAGCAAUCACUCCGCCACGACGAACAGCACCAAUAACCCCAAGGUUGAAAAAGAACCUCCCCCAAUUCCACUCGACAUUAUGGCCGGCCAGGAUUUAGAUACUGACUAUGCCACAUUUCCGAUAGCAUGGAAGCGGCUCCAGUUUCGUGUGGCGACUGCCAACAAUGGGCGCAGGAAGGAGCUCCAACAACACUUUGUCGUUCGGCUUAAGGUCAUCGCAACCUUGUCUACAGGCACGAAAAUCCCCAUCUGUGAGGUACACUCGGGACCUGUAAUUGUCCGGGGCCGCAGUCCGCGCAACUUUCAAUCCCGCAAGGACCUGCCUCUGAGUGGCAGUGCUGCGGCAUCAAGGAAAAAUGCGCAAGUUGCACACUCAGCCAAUAUCAACCGCACGCCCACCAGCGAGACUGCUCCGCGCUCUGGUCAGCCACCAUCCAAGGCCAAGACUACAGCGAAGAGCAGCUCACCGGAGACCUCUGCUUCUCAGGCCGGUGUUGCUGCUCAACGAGCUUCCCCUGACUGGCCACAGAUCGCCCAGUCUACAGGAGGUGCUCUUCCCGCUUCAGGUUUGCCUCGCUCGUCGAUUUAUUCACAGUCCAGUCCAGAAUACUCGCGGCCGGCAGAAACUCAACAACGACGUGCAAGUGCCAUCGCAGCCCCAAUUAACUUAUCACUUUUGGAUGAAGAUGACGGUGGUGAUUCUUCCCGCUUAAAUGACUCUGCCCGACCGCCAGCCUCGUACACCAAUGAUGUGCCACAGAAGAAUAUCAAUAUGGAGGGUUCUGCACCGCCAACGAAGAUGCGAAAACUAUCACAUGGAAUUUCCCAACCGCCUGCUAGGAGCACAUCAUCAUCAUUACCUUUACUUAACACUACUAAUAUGCAGCAACCUUUUGCGUCAACUCUACCUUUUCCUAACGAGAGUGCUGAUUUGUUAUACGAGUAUUUUCCAUUGGGGUUGGACGACUGGCAAGCACCCGUCGAUGCAGUAUACCGGCCGCAUGUGGUACACCAUACCAAUAUGCCUGAGAUGAAGUUCGUUGCUGCACGAGGUAGAAGUAAGCGAUAUUUCGCUGCAGAAGAUGUAUUUUAGUAUAGGAACAAUUUGGUUCUAUAUAUCUCUAUAGCAGCGUGGGAGUCUAUUCCCCCAGAGCUAUGAUACAUCGGAAACAAGCCAGUCUUGAAGGUUGUCCGACUUUAUUCAAUUCUUCCUUUCUUCGGACCUUCCAUCUAGAUGGGAUCUCGGGCAUAAAAGGUACUAACGCCUUCUUUGUUACUUACAUCUUUUUUUCUUUUUUUUUUUUUCUAUCGUUCCUUCGAGAUGUACAGAUAUGGAAUGACCUCGAGUUGCGGGAUUUUGUUG